AUGGACUUGGAGGUCAGGAUAACAAGGAAGAAGAGAGCGGGGCAUGGCCAGCCGAAGAUUAAGUGGGGAGCGUUGACUAAGAUUAAUGCUCGGGAGUUGGGGGAGAUGUUGUUGGCCAUGGGGGCCUGUAGGAGUAGUGGGGAUGUGAGUAACAUGUGGACCACGACAGCGAACUGCAUUAGAGAGGUUCUAGGGGUAACGAAGGGUUAUUUGGGAGGCCACAAAGGAGACUGGUGGUGGAAUGCGGAGGUCCAAAGAAAAGUGAAAGCUAAGAAAACGGCAUAUCUGAAGUUAGUGGAGUGCACAGACGAGGAGGAGAAGAAGACGUGUAGGGAGUGUUACAAGAAGGCAAGGAAAGAGGAUCUUGGGGAAAAAAGAGGCUAUAAGAAGUUGUUCAGGUUAGCCAAGAUUAGGGAGAGGAAGGCUCGGGACCUGGACCAAGUAUGGUGUAUCAAGGACAAAUAUGGUAAGGUUCUGGUGGAAGAGGCGUGUAUCUGGCAUAGAUGGCAGGAGUACUUCCAUAGGCUCUUGAAAGAGGGAAGGGACAGGAACAUCGUGCUAGGUGAGUUGGAAGAUUCAGGGAGUCAGAGGGAUUUUGGGUUUUGUAGUACGAAGAAGAUGCCCGAAGAUUGGCGGCAGAGUUUGAUGAUCCCGUUGUACAAAAAUAAAGGUGAUAUCCAGGAUUGUAACAACUAUAGGGGUAUCAAGAUGCUGAGUCAUACUAUAAAAGUAUGGGAGAGGGUGGUGGAGAUGAGGGUGAGACGUAGUGUUUCUAUUUCCGAGAACCAGCUCAGAUUUAUGCCGGGACGGUCGACAACAGAAGCCACUCACCUUAUGAGGAGAUUGGUGGAGCAGUACAGGGAGAGGAAGAAAGACUUGCAUUUGGUAUUCAUCGACUUAGAGAAGGCCUUUGAUAAAGUCUCAUGA